UUCUCAGGUCAGAGCUGCUCAGCUCUCCACAGCAACUGGACCCCUGGGGGAGACAUUAACAUACCCGCUUCUGCCACACACUCCCAACCUGUUCAGCCUGAGGGUCUGAAGCUCCCAGUAGGGCUGGUCCUGUGUCAGUGUCUGCAGCUGUGACCCUUGCUGGCUGACUUGAAGAACCUGCACAAUGCCACUCUCAGGAACUCCAGCCCCAAACAAGAGGCGGAAACCCAGCAAACUCAUCAUGGAGCUCACUGGAGGUGGGCAAGACAGUUCAGGUUUGAACCUGGGCAAGAAGAUAAGUGUUCCAAGGGAUGUGAUGCUGGAGGAACUGUCCUUGCUCACUAAUCGUGGUUCCAAGAUGUUUAAGCUCCGGCAGCUGCGGGUUGAGAAAUUCAUCUAUGAAAACAACCCCGAUGUCUUCACUGAUAACUCAAUGGAUCGUUUCCAGAAGUUCCUCCCCACAGUGGGGGGGCAACUGGGAAGAGAUGGUCAAGGAUCAUUCUACGGAGGAGGAAGCAGCAGAGGCCAGAUGGGGGGUGGCGGCGGCUCUGGUUCUGUCGGACAAUAUGGCUCUAACCAACACCAUCACCAGGGCUCUGGGCCUGGGUCAGGGGGCAGAGGCGGCCCUGGGAGCCAGGCUGGCGGGGGAGGGGACGGCAGAGAGGGUGACAGUGCUGCAGGGACAGGAGACCAUGCAGGUGGAGAGGGGAAACAUGUCACUGUGUUCAAAACCUACAUCUCCCCAUGGGAGCGAGCUAUGGGUGCUGAUCCUCAGCAGAAAGUGGAACUUGGCAUCGACCUGCUGGCCUAUGGAGCCAAACCUGACCUUCCCCACUACAAAUCUUUCAACAGGACGGCAAUGCCUUAUGGUGGAUAUGAGAAAGCCUCCAAACGCAUGACUUUCCAAAUGCCCAAGUUAGACUUGGGACCUUUGUUGAGUGAACCUUUGGUUCUCUAUGGCAAUAGCCUCUCUAACAGGCCCUCUUUCAAUCGCACGCCUGUUCCCUGGUUGAGCUCUGGGGAGCCUGUUGACUACAGUGUGGAUGUUGGGAUUCCCCUGGAUGGAGAGACAGAGGAGCUGUGAAGAGCCUUCCUUUCCCUGAUCCCAAACGAUUUAGGGAGGAAUUGCUAUGCAGGGCACCUCCAGCUCUGAAUCCAUGUGUUUGUAGGAAUGAGGGAAGAACAGAAGGAAGGCAAGCUCUCCCUUUAGUUCUCAGUUCAUGUUCCCACUAGAAGCACCAUUUUUCUAGACACAGGACUCUGUCAACUGUUCUGUCACAGGUAAUGCUCAAUAAACAUCUGCA